AUGUCAAGGGGUGACGAGAGCUUCCCCCGCUACACUUACAUGAUGGACUUCAACCCCGACGAAGACACGCCGCUGAGGGACUACUGGCAGACGGCCGACGACCUGGACAACGAGGAUGCCGCCACCAUUGCCAGCCUGGCCACGCAGGCGCUGCAGUCCAAGCAUUACGGGUACGGCGACGGCCAGGUGAGUGAGUCGCUGGUGGCAAACUACCUGUACAGCGAGAGUCGCUCGUCGCCGCAGUCGCAGUACUCGGCCGCCAUGCAGGCGGAGCCGGCAGAGUCGUUCCGGGGACUCAUGGAGGAUCAUGAUCGCGGCGCUCAGCUGGCUGAGGAGAACGCCAUGACAGACUACGACUUUCACCAUGAGGCCAGGGGCCAUGUAUCUGACGAUGUGGCUGGAAUGGAGGAGGCGAUGAGGGAGAGGAACAGGUACGAGUGGAGGAAAUCGACCGAGUGGGAGACGUGA